UGGCAGGCGUUUCAGAGCGUCAGAGGCUGCGGAUGAGCUCACUUGGAGGACUCCAGGCCAGAGACAGGGGUUCUCUAGGCUGGGGCGAAGAGUCGAGCGCGAAGGGGGCUCCGGGCCAGAGUGACAGGAGGAGGGCUUCCGAGGAAGAAGUUGACCGGGAGGCCCGUGCGACGGCAGAUCUCGUGAACCUUGGGGGACACACGCUCAAGAUGCGGGUCCCCGCCCUCCUCGUCCUGCUCUUCUGCUUCAGAGGGAGCGCAGGCCCGUCGCCCCAUUUCCUGCAACAGCCAGAGGACCUGGUGGUGCUGCUGGGGGAGGAAGCCCGGCUGCAGUGUGCUCUGGGCGCCUACUGGGGGCUAGUUCAGUGGACUAAGAGUGGGCUGGCCCUAGGGGGCCAAAGGGACCUGCCAGGGUGGUCCCGGUACUGGAUAUCAGGGAAUGCAGCCAAUGGCCAGCAUGACCUCCACAUUAGGCCCGUGGAGCUAGAGGAUGAAGCAUCAUAUGAAUGUCAGGCUACACAAGCAGGCCUCCGCUCGAGACCAGCCCAACUGCACGUGCUGGUCCCCCCAGAAGCUCCCCAGGUGCUGGGCGGCCCCUCCGUGUCUCUCAUUGCUGGAGUUCCUGUGAACCUGACAUGUCGGAGCCGUGGGGAUGCCCGCCCUACCCCUGAAUUGCUGUGGUUCCGAGAUGGGGUCCGGUUGGAUGGAACCACCUUCCAUCAGACCCUGCUGAAGGAAGGGACCCCUGGAUCAGUGGAGAGCACCUUAACCCUGACCCCUUCCAGCCAUGAUGAUGGAGCCACCUUGGUCUGCAGGGCCCGGAGCCAGGCCCUGCCUGCGGGAAGGGACACAGCUAUCACACUGAGCCUGCAGUACCCCCCAGAGGUGACGUCUGCUUCACCACGCACUGUGCAGGAGGGAGAGAAGGUCACUUUCCUGUGCCAGGCCACAGCCCAGCCUUCUGUCACAGGCUACAGGUGGGCAAAAGGGGGCUCCCCGGUGCUCGGGGCCCGCGGGCCAAGGUUGGAGGUCGUGGCAGACGCCUCGUUCCUGACUGAGCCCGUGUCCUGCGAGGUCAGCAACGCCGUGGGUAGCGCCAACCGCAGCACUGCGCCGGAUGUGCUUUUUGGGCCGAUUCUGCAGGCAAAGCCGGAGCCCGUGUCCGUGGACGUGGGGGAAGACGCCUCCUUCAGCUGUGCCUGGCGCGGGAACCCGCUUCCACGGGUAACCUGGACCCGCCGCGGUGGCGCGCAGGUGCUGGGCUCUGGAGCCACACUGCGCCUUCCGUCGGUGGGACCGGAGGACGCAGGCGACUAUGUGUGCAGGGCUGAGCCUGGGCUCUCGGACCAGGGGGGUGGCGUCGCGGAGGCUCGGCUGACUGUGAACGCUCCCCCAGUAGUGACCGCCCUGCAUUCUGAGCCUGCCUUCCUGAGGGGCCCUGCUCGCCUCCAGUGUCUGGUUUUCGCCUCUCCCACCCCAGAUGCCGUGGUCUGGUCUUGGGAUGAGGGCUUUCUGGAGGCGGGGUCGCGGGGCCGGUUCCUGGUGGAGACAUUCCCUGCCCCGGAGGGCCGCGGGGGACAGGGUCCGGGCCUGAUCUCUGUGCUACACAUUUCGGGGACUCAGGAAUCUGACUUUAGCAGGAACUUUAACUGCAGUGCCCGGAACCGGCUGGGCGAGGGAGGUGCCCGGGCCAGCCUGGGUCGUAGAGACCUGCUGCCCACUGUGCGGAUAGUGGCCGGAGUGGCCGCUGCCACCACGACUCUCCUUAUGGUCAUCACUGGGGUGGCCCUCUGCUGCUGGCGCCACGGCAAGGCCUCAGCCUCUUUCUCCGAGCAAAAGAACCUGAUGCGAAUCCCUGGCAGCAGCGACGGCUGCAGUUCGCGAGGCCCUGAAGAAGAGGAGACAGGCAGCCGCGAGGACCGGGGCCCAUUGUGCACACUGGACACCAGUGUCUUGGGUUCUCUGGAGGAGGAAGAUCUGGAGACCAAGGACCCAACCAACGGUUACUACAAGGUCCGAGGAGUCAGUCCACCCGCGUCUCCAGACUCAUGUGUGAUAUCUCUCCAGUGGAAGAGUCCUGGGAUCUCCAACUUUCCAUAAUGGAUUGUCCUGAUUUCUGAGGAGCCAGGAUAAGUUGGCGACCUUACUCCUCCAAAAUUGAACACUAGGGGAGGGAAAGAUCAUUACAUUUGUCAGGAGUAUUUGUAUACAGUCAGCUCAGUCAAAGGGGAUGCCCCAAGUGGGAGCAACAUGGCCACCCAAUAGGCCCACCUAUGUCCCAGUGUAAAAGAGAUUCAAGAUGGCAGGUAGGCCCUUUGAGGAGAGAGGGGGACAGGGCAGUGGGUGCUGGGAGUUUGGGGCUGGGAUGGAAGUUGUUUCUAGCCACUGAAAGAAGAUAUUUCAAGAUGACCAUCUGUAUUGAGAAGAAAGGUAGCAUAGGAUAGAUGAAGAUGAAGAGCAUACCAGGCCCCACUGUGGCUCUCCCUGAGGGGAACUUUGCUGGGCCAAUGGAAAUGCAGCCAAGAUGGCCGUGUACUCCCUAGGAACCCAAGAUGGCCACCAUCUUGAUUUCACUUUCCCUAAAGACUCAGAAAGACUUGGACCCAAGGAGUGGGGAUAUGGUGAGAAUUAGCACUGUUGGGGCAAAGGGGAAUCUUGGGAUAAAAAUAUUUAUGUUUAAUAAUUAAAAAAAAGUCAAAGAGGCAAGUGUGUCUUA